AUGUCAGAAGCUCUGGGGUAUCUGACGAGCCUGAUCAACCUGGAGCGGGCGCUGCAGCACGCCCUGGUGGUCCUGCUUCGCCUGGGGGCGCUGCUCCGCCAGGCAGCCGCCCUGCUACGGCUGGGGGCGCCCAUACGCCGCAACGUCACCGUGUACGAACCCAACUACUACGAAAACAAAUUCACGUUAUUCAACAUCCCCCGCCGCGUGUUUGCCUGGAUCUAUUCGAUCUCGCUCGUCGCCCUCACCAUCCUCGGGUUUUUGUUCGUUGCUGUCACCCCCAUCGAUGUCAUCGUGCAAACGGCGGGGCUGGCGUUGCUGGGGUUGAAGAUGUUCAUCGUGAUUAUUGUGUGGGUGGUGUUUUUGGUGGUGCUGAUCUUAUUCUAUUUCAGUCGCUUGCUCCAGGCCCGCACUGCCCUCAACGAUGUGCCCGUGAAACUGGUGUAUAUCCCCAGUCAGGGGGACUACCCUCACGACGUGUACCUUCAUAUCGAUGAUGAUCUUCGUCAGUGUGUCGAGAUUGGCCAGCAGGCCGGUCCCCUUAGCGACGAGUCCAUCAUUAUUAACCAUCCUGGUCUCUCGCCACCCGAGUACGUGCAAAGCCGCAACUUGACGGUACUCAAGUCUAAAGGCAUCGAACUGACAGAGGAAGUGGCUCGGUUGAACCCAGCCACUUUACUCCCGCCAGACUCGCUGUAUGAAGACAUCAUCCGCAGUGUCAGUGAUAAAUUCGUCACUCAGCGAUACCGGGUGUUCACCCUGAUCGAUAUCCCCGGUAACUAUACCUUCCGAGAAAUCUGUAUCUAUUUGGCUCGCGUGUAUGCCGACAACUAUAAGGCUAAUGAGCACAAGUUGACGCGGAUCAUUCACCUCUACGAGAAGUUUCGUUUCGGUGGUCUGCUUAUCAGCGACCACGAGCUCAUCGAGUUUAUGAUCGAGUUUGAUCGACUAGCCCAAGUGUGCCAGCUGGACUACAACCAUGUGGUUCAGGCCGAUAACAGCAGGGACGAGUUGCAUUUGCGAGCACAACACCUAGAUCGGCUUGACCCGGGCCAUCUGCGUCGCGAAUGGUCCGACUACGACCUGAUGAUCGACUGGCACGAAUACCCGGGACGAGACAACCGCUACGAAGACGACCACUACCACCACACCCCCAUCGACGAGCAGUUUUAUGAGCAGGUUCUCGAAAGCGACUCGAUCGUCCAGCAGCUGGCGUCGCCGCUGCGGCGGGUGCUGCGGCUGUUUGACCGGCUCAUGGUCCCCCACGCGUCACUGACGUCGUUGCACUGGUUCCACCGAAAUAGUCUGAGUUCCAGUGUGCGGCUGGUGAUCCGGCUGAAGCUCGCGUUGCUGAAGCCCAGCGUCCACGAGGAUGACCGGGGCAGUGUGAUCGAGCGUAUUCUGUCGAUGAUGCUGAUCCAGCGGAAGUAUAGUGGCUACGUCACUGACCUGGAGAGACUGGAAGAUGAAUGA